AUGAAAAAAUAAUCAUAGAAAUCUAUGGUUCCGAGUUAUUAGCAUUUUAUGGAAAAGAAGUAAAACACUUAUGUUUCAGGAACCAUCUAGUAAAAGAGGCCUAAACUUGGUGAGUGAUCAGCAUUCGAUAAGAUCUAUGAUCACACAAAAUUAGAAAUCCCUAGCUAUCAUGAUUCUUAUAGGAGGCCCGCUACUUUGAGGAGUACUGUAGUAUACUUCCUUUGCUAGUUACGCCUCUUCAACGCCAGACGCAUUACGUCUGUCUAUAAAUAUGAAAGCAGUAUAAGAGACGUACUCUUAUUGAUGUUUUAGGUCUAAUUUAUCUUUAUUUAGUUCGAUAACUUUGUCACCAAAAACGAAUCAAUAUCUACGUGAUCAAUUAAAAAAAGUUACUCAAACACUACAAUCAUUAACAUUAAAUAGUACAUCGAAAAUCAUGCGACAAAUUUAUUUACAAUCAUUAAAUACAUUUGUAAUUGAAAAACGAAAUUUAACUCAAUUAGUAGCAGAAAUGGCCAAUUAUACAAAUUUAGCUAUUAUGAAAAAAUUGGAAGCAAUUCGAAAUUUAGUGAAUAUUUCUGAAUAUACGUAUAAACAACAUUCAGAAACUCCAGUGCAAGAAAGAGAAGAAACAUAUAAUUACAUGAAGGAUCAUGGUUAUUUGAGUACAAAAUUCGUUGAAAAUAAAACAGCCGAAAGUAUAGCGGCUGAAGGAAAUUCAACAACAUCUAAUCCAACACCUUCUACAUCAACAUCAUCAUUACCAACAAUCACACAAUUUGAUAAUGGACUUGGUGAAGGAACAGCCACGGCCGGAAGUACUUAUACAUCUACACAAGAACCAAUUUCAACUAGUACAAAUACAAAUGAAGCACAUUUAGCAUCAAAAGAAUCUGAAGGAAUACCAAAAGAAGAUGAAUAUGAAGUAUUGAGAAAACCAUUAAUUUUACAAUUAAAGAAACAUUUCGGAAAUCAAAUGGUUAAUCUUACCCAUAGUACAGUUCAUAUACCGACAAUUAUUUAUGCAAAAAAUAAAGAAAUUUUGUUGAAUGCAAAUUGGUCUUAUAAUUUAAAUCAAGCAUUUAUCGACAAUUAUAAUCAUGAUCCAGAAUUAACAUGGCAAUAUUUUUGUUCUCAAACUGGCCUCUAUCGCGUGUGGCCCGGUCAUAAAUGGGAUUAUCCAGAAGGCGAUACCGAUAUGCUUGAUCUAUUUGACUGUCGUGUACAAAAUUGGUACAUUCGCGCCACAUCAUCACCAAGAGAUGUAGUAAUAUUAAUUGAUACUAGUGGUUCUAUGACUGGAUUAAAAAAAUCAAUUGCAAUACAAACAGUUGAAACUAUACUGGAUACAUUGUCCGAUGAUGAUUUUGUUCAAAUAUUAAGGUUUCAUGAAACUGUGGAUUUUAUUGAUGAUUGUUUUCGAAGUGGUCUUGUACAGGCAACAGUUGAAAAUCGAGCAGUAUUGAGUAAGAUUGAUACAAAAAAUAUUGCCAAUUUUUCAAAAGCACUAGAAAAAGCAUUUGACAUAUUGGAUGAGGCGCGAACGAAUAUUUCAAGAACAGAAAAUGCACGUCUACUUUGUCAAUGUCAUUAUUUGACAACAGAUAAUUAUACGGCAAGUGAACGAGCAGAAUUCUGUCCAUCUGAUUAUAACGUAACCUCGUAUUCAUCUGAUGAAACACCAUUUUUGGAUAGUACAGGAUGUAAUAAAAUGAUAAUGAUUGUAACGGAUGGUGCCACAGAAACAGCAAUGAACGUUUUUCAAAAUCGAAACUGGAUACCAAAUCAAGUUUCAACCUGCCAUUCAACAGAAACAAGGGUAUUCACAUACAUGAUUGGUCGAGAACUUGGAGAUCCAAAACAUAUUCGUUGGAUGUCAUGUGCAAAUAAAGGUUACUUUGCUCACGUUUCCACAUUAGAAGACAUUCAAGAAAAUGUUGAAGAUUACAUACCAGUGACAGCACGACCAAUUGCAAUGUACAAAGAUCAUGUUACUGUAUGGAGUAGUGUAUUUCUUGAUGUGGAGCGUAAUGAACCAUUAAAAAGUUACAAAUGGUUUCCAUUUAAAUUUCCAAAUUUUUCGUUAUCGAUGGAAGAAUUCAAAAACAGAACAAAGCCCAUGAACUUGAUGAUCUCAGUUGCCCAACCUGUGUUAAAUUAUCCAAGACAUUCAAUAGAAGAUGGUAUUUUAUUGGGUGCUGUUGGAGCAGAUAUUCCAGUUAAAUUACUACAAGAAUUUUCACCAAAAUAUAGGCUUGGUGUUCAUGCGUAUUCAUUUAUGAUCAAUCACAAUGGUUAUCUCAUGUUUCAUCCAGAUUUACGACCAGUGAUUCGGAAAGAGAUGAUACAAUCAGUUGAAAAUAAUUUUAUAGCCGAAAUAAAAAGACAUUUUGACGAUAUGCGUCGAGUAGAAGAAACAAAUCAAAGUUAUUAUUAUUCAACAUUAGGUGAUAAAGAGUCAAAUCCGUUCAGUUUGGGUAUUGCUAUUCGAUUACCUUACGGUGAAUAUGAUAUUAGAACAAAAGACCCUGAUACAGAAAAAACUCAAAUAGCUCUUCGAUUUAUUCGUAAACCAAAUGUUCGUAUUGCAGAUUGGAUUUAUUGUAAUUCAACAGCUGAAGAUAAUGUUGGUGAUACAGAAGAAUCAUUUCGAAAUUAUUUACAAGAAAAAAUUGACACAAAAAAGCUUGUGUCGUGUCCAUAUAAUGCUAGUAAACGAUUAAUCAAUAUGAUGAUUGAAGAAUUGUUUAUUAUGAGUAAAUUUGAAAACUGGACAAUAAGUGGUACAUUUAAUUCAAAUAACAAUAGUAUUAAACCAAACAUAUAUGCUGCUUAUGAAGAAUUUCAACAGUAUAAACACGAAAAUCAUUUACAUUGGCUCUUUCUUGGUACACGUUCGGGUAUAACCGCCUAUUGGAAAAUGUAUCAUUUAGCUAACGUAGAUCAUAUAAGGCAAUUUGGUGAUGCCAAUCCAAAUUCAAUUGAAUCGACGUAUUAUGAACGAACAAUUGAUGCUACAUAUAAAUACGGCGCUGAUCAUAUCAAAGGAAAUCAUCAUGUCUAUUCACUAUUUCAUGGUGUUAAUCAUAUUUCGGCAACAAAUACGCAUACCACAUCGCUUCCAACAUCGCAAAUGUAUUUGGUUAUAACAAGCGGAAUAUGGAUGAAUAAAUCAAGUAAAAUUAACCAACCAGAAAAUGAAACAGCCAGACAUGUACCAUUUGGUGUAUUUGGUGUCAUGCUACCUUAUACAACUGUUCGUUCAACACAUUUUUCUGAUCUUUGCGCUAAACUUGAUUCUGGCAUAUGUUAUAUAAUUGAUGAACAUGGUUACAUUAUGUUUAUUAGUCAACCAGGCGUAAUUGAUCGAAUUAAUGACAUUGGAAAGUUCUUUGGUGAAUUCGAAGGAGCAUUAUUGAAAGAAUUCGAACACAAAGGAAUAUUUAAAAAUAAAUCCAUGGUCGAUUUUCAAGGUGUAUGUUUAAGACGUCAUAAAUCAAAUGGGAAAAGUUCAGCCGGACUAUUUCGUGGAAUAUUACGAACAUCGAUAAUGUUUUUCUACAACAUUAUCAAUUAUAUUGCUUUAUUUUUGGUUCAUUGGCCAAAUUAUUCACUAGGAACUGAACAAGACACUCAAGAUAAUACUUUGACGACCACAAAUACUCCGCCAGCAGAGGAAUCUUACGUAAAAGAAAGUUUAAGUAACAUUCUUCUUGAUCAUAUUGAUUUUCGUCGACCAAUUGUUGAUUAUAAAAAUUUAAAUUAUUCAAAAGAAGAUGAUGCGGUUGACAAAAUACCCGAAUCAUGUAUUGAGAAAUUUAGAUUGUGGGUAUCAACAUGGAAAGGAUGGGAAGGUGAAUUGCCAUCCAAAGAGAAUGGUAUUACAUGGGAAGAAGUUGAAAAAGCCAACACAAAAACAGGUUGGGUAAAAUGUACAGAAGUGUCACAAGAACAAAUAUUAUCGUCAAUUAACAUCGAAAAUGCAUCCAAUAGUACUACCAAUGAGACUUCAAACAUUCGAUCAACAUCAACAGUGUCGGAUUUCAGCACUACAUACGCAACUACACACGAUGAAUUAUUUCCGUAUGUAUUUCGUUUGUUUUGUCUCUAUACGAAACACAGAGAUUAUUUUUUAUCUGAUUUAUUUUUCAGCUAUUCUGUUUCAAAAAUUCCCAAUUCAAAUUUAUUAAUGGUUUAUGUUAAUCAUUCAAAAUCAUAUUGUGAAAAAUUACUCAUUAAGCGUGAACCCGUUGAAUUUAAACAUGAUGAACGAUGCAUUCGACUAAAAACAACACCAUAUCGUGAACGACCACAUAAAUGUUUUUUUGUACACGAUGAAGAGAAUAAAACAGAAUUUCCAAAAUGUGAUCGUUGCUCGAAACAAUUUGUUACUAUUCGAAUUCUUUCUCUUAUCAUAUUGACAAAUUUCAUAUUCAAAUACUAUAUAAAUAGGACGUAA